GCAGUAACACACCAAACACACACCUUGAACUACACAAACCCAAACAGAGAAGAAGGAAAUCUGUCGGUUCAUUUCCUGGUUGCACAUCCAGUCCAGAACCUCUCCUCUGCUCCUCUGCUCGGAUUGUUGUUUUUCUUCUCAUCAUCUUGAAGUUAGAAACUAAACUCGACCGAUAAUGUUCCGAGGCUUCGGGACGUGGCUGGGUCUGGAGAACCAGACGUACACGAAGACGUCCGAGGAGAAAGAAGAGGAGGAGCUGGUGGUGGUGGAGCAGGAAGAGAAGGUGGUGGAGGCGCAGAACGAGGUAAACAAACAGCAGCCAGCUGACGAGGAUGGAGAACCGGAGGAGAUCCAGGAGAUCAACGAGCUGAACGAGCUGGGGAAAGGACUCGGUGAGUACAUCUUCAGUUUUGCCUCCAGUGCCACCAAGAAAAUCUCUGAGUCAGUGGUGGAGACGGCUCAGACCAUCAAGAAGACUGUGGAAGAAGGGAAAAUCGACGGCAUCAUAGACAAGACUUUCCUGGGAGACUUUCAGAAGGAGCAAGAGAAGUUUGUCCAAGAGAAGAAGGCAAAAAAAUCAGAAGUAGCAGUGCCUCCCUGGGUUGGCUACAACGAGGAGGAGACAAUCCAGCAGCAGAUCCUGGCUCUGUCAGCUGACAAGAGAAAUUUCUUGCGAGACCCUCCCGCUGGUGUUCAGUUCCACUUCGAAAUGGAGCAGAUGUAUCCUCUGGCUGCAGUGAUGCUGGAGGAAGACCAGCUGCUCAACCGCAUGCGCUUUGACCUGGUUCCUAAACAUGUGAAGGAGGAGGUUUUCUGGAGGAAUUAUUUCUACCGGGUGUCUCUGGUCAAGCAGUCGGCUCAGCUCACAGCGCUGGCAGCCCAGCAGCAGCAGAAGGACGGCGAGGACAGAGCGGCCAGUGUUUCACCCGAAGAUGUCGUCUUAACAGACAAUGUUAGACCAAAAACUCCUCCAGUUUCCAUCAGCGACAUACAGAAGCCGACUCAGGAAGACGAGGAGGAGAUGUCGACAAGUCCCGGAGUGUCCGAGUUUGUGAGCGAUGCUUUCGACUCGACAAGCAUCAACCAGGAGGACCUGAGGAAAGAGAUGGAGCAGCUGGUGCUGGAUAAGAAGGAGAGCGUCCCCUCUCCCGAUGAUGAAUCAGCAGACUGGGAGAAGGAGCUGCAGCAGGAGCUUCAGGAGUACGAGGUGGUGACUGAGGCAGACAACAAAGACGACCAAUGGGAUCAAGAGAUUGAGAAGAUGCUGCAGGCUGACGACAGCUAGACAAGUACCGCGUGUCUGUCUCCUGAUAAGUCAUCCGGCCCAGAAUGGAGGAAUAGUGACGGGUGAUUCACAAGGGGGAUGAACUUCCACAUUCUCUGCUACACCCAACUGUGAUUACUAUCCUGUAAACGUUCUCAUGUACCCGAUGAAGGGGUAGAUCCAAUAAUAGCAAGAGUGUGUCACCUCUGCUGGAAACAGUGGGUAUGUUCAGACAUAUUAGUAAAGUGCUACUUCAUUGCUCCUUCCUACUUUUAUCUACUCGCUUUCCCUUACCCUCUCUCUUUGUCAUGGCGGGGAAAAGCCGCUAGAGGGCGCUCCAGUACAAGCACAGUGAAUUUUAUAACGGAGGUGGCUUGUUUGAAAUGACAUGAAAUUGUAUCUCUGUUUCCACUGCUGCUUUCUGGUGGGUUGUACAGUAAAGUCUCGGUAUAGUUAUAGUACAGUAAAGUCAAAUGUAAAGUUACAUUUCUGUAAAUAAAGAAGAUUCUAACACUAUACUUAACUAUAUUUCCCUUUCAUUACACCUGCUUGUCAUUUUACAUUUUGUACCGCGCUUUCACAAACUCCCGUGUGCAUGUCUGCUUUACUUUGUUUUCUCUGCAACUGAAGUACUGUACAUUUUCUGUUUAACAUGUCAUCCUUUAAUAAAUAUUUAUCUGUGA